AUGGUUCCGUGAAAAUACAGACCAAGAAGCUUUUUGAUUUUUUUUUCAACCUGUGUCAAGAAUUUGUUUGAUAAUCCCUUGGGCAUCUUUCUUCAGAGUGACACAAUCUUUUUGCUCUGACUGAGACAUUUCCAGAACAAAAAAGCUUGUACAAGAAUUCUUAAUUUGCCUGAGUUUAUUUUCUCACUCUUUCAAAUGCCUAAGAACAGCAAGGCGGUUAAAAGAGAACUAGAUGAUGAGGUCAUCGAAUCCGUUAAAGAUCUUCUUUCUAAUGAAGACUCUGCAGAUGAUGCUUUUAAGAAGAGUGAACUGAUGGUUGACGAUCAAGAAGACAAAGAUGUAGAUGCUGAAGAGGGAUCUGAUGCAGAGGAUGAAAGACCAGCUUGGAACAACAAACUACAAUACAUUUUAGCACAGGUUGGAUUUUCUGUAGGUUUAGGGAAUGUGUGGAGAUUUCCAUACUUAUGUCAGAAGAAUGGAGGAGGUGCUUAUCUUGUGCCAUAUUUAAUACUGCUACUGAUAGUAGGAAUUCCCCUAUUUUUCCUGGAACUUUCUGUGGGUCAAAGAAUACGUCGUGGAAGCAUUGGAGUAUGGAAUUACAUAACCCCUAAACUGGGUGGAAUUGGAUUUGCGAGUUGUGUCGUAUGUUUCUUUGUGGCUCUUUACUACAAUGUCAUCAUUGGAUGGAGUUUGUUCUAUUUUUCACAGUCUUUUCAACAUCCUCUACCUUGGGAUCAGUGCCCUCUGGUGAAAAAUGCUUCUCAUACUUUUGUGGAGCCUGAAUGUGAGAAAAGUUCUGCAACCACCUAUUACUGGUAUAGAGAAGCACUGAAUAUUUCUGAUUCCAUCUCAGAAAGCGGAGGACUAAAUUGGAAAAUGACAAUUUGCUUAUUGGCUGCUUGGGUAAUGGUUUGUUUGGCAAUGAUCAAAGGCAUCCAGUCUUCAGGCAAGAUCAUGUAUUUUAGUUCACUUUUUCCAUAUGUGGUACUUAUAUGUUUCCUCAUCAGAGCUCUGUUUUUAAAUGGUUCCAUAGAUGGCAUUCGUCAUAUGUUUACCCCUAAGCUUGAAAUAAUGCUGGAACCCAAGGUCUGGAGAGAAGCCGCUACUCAGGUGUUCUUUGCCUUAGGGCUUGGAUUUGGUGGAGUCAUUGCCUUUUCAAGCUACAACAAGAGAGACAACAACUGCCAUUUCGAUGCUGUCCUGGUGUCCUUUAUCAAUUUUUUCACUUCUGUCCUGGCAACUUUGGUGGUGUUUGCUGUUCUGGGCUUUAAAGCAAAUAUCAUAAAUGAAAAAUGCAUUACCCAAAACUCAGAGAAGAUUUUAAGGCUUUUGAAAGUGGGCAAUAUUAGCCAUGAUAUCAUCCCCCAUCAUGUCAAUUUUUCAGAUAUUACUGCCAAGGAUUACCAUUUAGUUUACGGCAUAAUUCAAAAUAUCAAAGAUGAGGAAUUUUCUGCUCUUGGUCUUAAAUCUUGUCAAAUUGAAGAUGAGCUUAAUAAGGCUGUUCAGGGUACUGGUUUGGCAUUUAUUGCCUUUACAGAAGCAAUGACACAUUUUCCAGCUUCACCCUUCUGGUCGGUCAUGUUCUUCCUCAUGCUGGUAAAUUUAGGACUCGGCAGCAUGUUUGGAACCAUUGAAGGAAUCACCACUCCUAUCGUUGAUACUUUCAAAGUGAGAAAAGAAAUUUUGACUGUUGUCUGUUGUCUUCUGGCAUUUUUUAUUGGCCUGAUAUUUGUGCAGCGGUCUGGAAAUUACUUUGUUACUAUGUUUGAUGACUAUUCUGCUACCUUGCCCCUGUUAAUUGUAGUCAUCUUAGAGAAUAUUGCCAUAGCACGUGUUUAUGGCAUUGACAAGUUUAUGGAAGACUUAAAGGAUAUGCUGGGCUUUUCUCCAAAUAAAUAUUAUUAUUACAUGUGGAAAUAUGUUUCUCCACUAGUGUUGUUAUCCCUACUUGUGGCUAGCGUUGUCCAAAUGGGAUUAAGUCCUCCUGGCUAUAAUGCAUGGAUUGAAGAUAAGGCUGCUGAGGAAUUUCUGAACUAUCCUACAUGGGGAAUGGUAGUGUGUAUAUCUCUAAUGGUGUUGGCAAUACUUCCUGUUCCUACUGUCUUCUUAGUUCGCCGCUGCAACCUUAUAGAUGACAGUUCAGGAAGUUUAGCAGCUGUGUCCUACAAGAGAGGACGCAUCAUAAAGGAGCCCUUAAAUUUAGAAGGUGAUGAUGCAAGUCUUAUCCAUGGGAAGAUACCAAGCGAGAUGCCUUCUCCGAAUUUUGGUAAAAAUAUUUACCGAAAGCAGAGCGGUUCCCCAAGUCUUGAUACUGCUCCCAAUGGACGCUAUGGAAUAGGGUACCUAAUGGCGGAUAUGCCCGAUAUGCCAGAAUCUGAUUUAUAGCUGAAGACAAGUCAUUUGCUUUUAUUUGUAUCACUGAACAUUGGCUCUCCUAAGAGAAGCAAUAAGCUUCACUUUCUAGAGUGCGAUCUCAGGUGUUCCAUUUCUUUAAGAUCUUUAAUGGUAAUGGUAGAAAAAUAUACAUUCAACUCAGACAUUCCCUUUGGAAUCUUUGGUUUACAUUUGCACUGAAGGGAUUACAAAUAAGUCCUUACAAUGACCUAGGUCUUUCAUCUUUGCCAGGAUUUUUUUUAAUUCUCUCUGAGAGUGUUUUAAAAUAUUUAUAUCUCUAAAAAAAACAGGUGUUACCUCAGUUUGUAAUGACUUCAGAAUAUAAGAUUAUCAACAGUUCACGAAAGGUAUAUUGUAAAGGUCAUCAUAUUGCCUUCAGGGUAACUUCCCAGUAUUAAAAAAUGAGCUCAAGCAGUUCAAACAAUCUGUGCACUUCUGCACAGUUAUACAUAAAUGUUAUGUAGAUAAGUUGUACUUAAUUUUGUUAGCGAUGAUAUUUUAGGCAGUCUAGCUGAAGAAACCUGCAAAAUAUUUUCUUAUGUAAUAGCUGUAUAGAGAAAUAGAAUCAGAAGGGCAAGAUUGGCAUUAAUGAUGAGUGUGGGAGAGAUUCCUCAGUGACUUGGGACUAUAUAAAUUGAAGCUGUACAUUUUGUGUAAAAUAUUUGCUUUUUCAGUGUGAAAAUGAUGAUAUAAGAGUGAGUCACUCAACACUCUUAAGAAUUAUGCAGAUUCUGCAUUUUUCUAUGCUGUGUGCCUAAAAAUCUUCUCGAUAUUUAUUGUGGUUCCAAAUUUACAUAUAGUAUAUUUAUAUAAUAUACUUGUAAAUAUGUACAUUAAUACUCCAUGUACUGGUUUAAAACCCUGAAAUUAGAUGGCUUUUUUAGUCUCUUUGUUGCUUCUGUUUUAUGCAUAAACUAUCUUUUUUUUGUUGGUAAUUGUUAAU